UCGGUACAUCUGUAGCUUAUCAUCUGGCUAAGUUAGGCUGGACGGAGAUUGUGCUGCUAGAGCAGGGAAGACUUGGUGCUGGCACAACUCGGCUCUGUGCAGGAAUAGUAAGUGUUGCCAAACCCAUUUUUAUUGAGAGCCAAAUGGCAGAUUACUCGAACGCGCUCUAUGAGCGUUUGGAAGAAGAGACUGGAGUCAAAACAGGCUUUGCCAGAACGGGGUCAUUGUGUUUGGCUCAAAAUCAGGACCGUUUUCUGUCUCUGAAGCGCCUAGCAUCCAGACUUAAGGUAUUGGGCAUUGCCUGUAACAUCGUCAAACCCAAAGACAUUUUCAAGCUACACCCUUUGGUGAACAUUCAUGAUUUGGUGGGCGCUCUUCAUCUCCCAGGAGACGCUGUGGUAUCUCCACCAGACGUCAAUCGUGCACUUGCAGUAGCGGCAGCUAGGCAUGGAGUCCAGAUCCAUGAACGAACCAGUGUGAACCACGUUCUUGUGGAGAAGGGACAUGUCACAGGAGUGGAGACCGACCGAGGCUCUAUUGAGUGCGAGUACUUUGUCAACUGUGCCGGACAGUGGGCGUAUGAACUUGGCCAAAGUAGUGAAGUUAAAGUGUCGGUGCCGUUGCACGGCUGUGAGCACUUCUACCUCCUAACCAAACCUCUCCAGCAACCUUUAUCACCCAAUACGCCAGUGUUGAUGGAUAUGGAUGGGCGGAUCUAUGUACGAGAUUGGCAGGGUGGCAUUCUCUCAGGAGGCUUUGAAAAGAACCCCAAACCCAUCUUCACAGAGGGCCGUAAUCAGCUGGAGAUCCAGAACAUGCAGGAGGACUGGGACCAUUUUGAACCCAUGUUGAGUGCACUAUUAAGAAGGAUGCCAGGCCUGGACUCGUGUGAGAUCCAUCAGCUGGUUAACUGUCCAGAGUCGUUCACCCCAGACAUGCGCUGUCUCAUGGGUGAGACUCCAGGAGUGCAUGGUUACUUUGUCUUGGCAGGCAUGAACUCCUCCGGUCUGUCGUUUGCAGGAGGAGCCGGCAAAUAUUUGGCUGAAUGGAUGACCUAUGGUUACCCAAGUGCCAAUGUUUGGCCUCUGGACAUCAAGCGUUUUGGCAAUCUGCAGAGCAGUCGCACCUUUCUGCGCCAUCGUGUCAUGGAGGUCAUGCCUCUGCUAUAUGAGCUGAAGGUGCCAAGAUGGGACUUUCAGACAGGCAGGCAACUGCGCACCAGCCCCCUGUACGAUCGUCUGGACACUCAGGGGGCACGCUGGAUGGAGAAGCAUGGAUUUGAAAGGGCCAAAUAUUUUGUCCCCAUUGGAAAGGAUUUGUUGGCCUUGGACCAGAGUAAAACCUUCUACAAGCCAGACUGGUUUGACAUUGUUGGUGCUGAGGUGAAGUGCUGUAAAGAGGCAGUGUGUGUUAUAGACAUGUCCUCCUUCACCAAGUUCGAGCUCACAUCCACAGGGGACCAAGCCUUGGAGUUGCUGCAGCGCCUUUGUUCUAAUGACCUGGAUGUUCCUGUAGGGCAUAUUGUACACACAGGCAUGCUCAACGAAAGGGGCGGCUAUGAGAACGACUGCAGCGUGGUACGCCUCAGCAAAAAUAGUUUCUUCAUCAUCUCGCCUACGGAUCAGCAGGUUCAUUGUUGGUCUUGGAUCAAGAGACACAUGCCCAACGAUCCACAGCUUUACCUAGAGGACGUCAGCUGGAAAUACACUGCUCUUAAUCUGAUUGGCCCUCGUGCCAUGGACGUACUCUCUGAACUCUCCUACGUUUCGAUGACUCCAGAGCAUUUCCCCUCUCUGUUCUGUAAGGAAAUGAGUGUGGGCUACGCCAAUGGAAUAAGAGUAAUGAGUAUGACUCAUACUGGAGAGCCAGGCUUCAUGCUUUACAUCCCUAUAGAGUAUGCUCUGCAUGUGUAUAACGAGGUGAUGUCAGUGGGUCAGAAGUACGGCAUCCGUAAUGCAGGCUACUAUGCCCUACGCAGCCUGCGAAUUGAAAAGUUCUUUGCUUUCUGGGGACAGGAUCUGGACUCCUUCACUACACCCCUCGAAUGCGGACGCGAGUUCCGGGUCAAGUUCGACAAGAACACAGACUUCCUGGGUAGGGAGGCUCUACUGCAGCAGCGGCAGCAGGGAGUCACCCGCCGUUUCAUCAUGCUGGUCCUGGAAGAGCACGAUGCUGAGCUGGACCUGUGGCCCUGGUGGGGAGAAGCCAUUUACCGCAACGGUGAGCUGGUGGGUGUGACCACUAGCAGCGCCUACAGCUAUACGCUGGAGCGCCACGUGUGCCUGGGCUUCGUCAGCUCACACGGCCCAGACGGCACGGCCAACAUCAUCACGGCAGACUUCAUUAACCGCGGCGAUUACAAGGUGGACAUUGCUGGCCAAAAGUACCCAGCCAAGGCCAAGCUGUACCCAUUCAGCUCGCUCUUUGCCCAGCAGAGACGGCGCAAGGAGGACAUGGAGCUUAGCAACUUUCAGGGCAAGUAAAGUGAGUCGUGCCUUGACCCUGUAGAAGGGUCCAGAUU